AGGAAUUCAAAGGAGAGCACAAUCACCUGCAAUUCAGGCAUUUAUGAUGAAUAUGUGGACAAUUAACAUUUCAUUUGGUCUUUGAAGGGUGGAUAGAACUUUGACAGGUAAGAACAAAGUAAUAGAAGAAACGUCUUGACCAAAGAGUGUGUUGAGGAAGAGAAUUUUUUUCUUUUUUUUUGUAAAAUAGGAUUAGUAUUGGAAAGUGGUUGGAGACAUGAGGCCUCUCGUACUGUGAAUAUAAUGUCUUGGCCUUUUCUUCAUCAGAAAGUUGAUGGACUUGCUAGAUGUUUUAUGCAAUUCAAUGUAAGCUAUACUCAUAAAUAUAAAAAUUAUAAUAUGUGAAAGGAGACAUUAGACGUUUGCAGACUUUGAAUAUGGCGGCAUGGGAAAAGGAGUCAUAAUAAAAAUACAUAUAAGUCAGUUUGGAGAGCAGUCAUGCUAUAAAAACAUGUGAUUUUCAAAGAUUUGGAUUUUGGGGUAACAGUUGAUUAGAGUUGGAAUAAACUCGAUGAAGCACAAUAACAUUGAUUAGAUAAGUUUUGAUCAACUUGUUUCGUAGGCAAUGUUAGGGCAUGCAAGUGAAAGUGUCAAGUAGAAAAAUAAAAAUGGAGUUGAAGAUAUGGAUUAGGAAAUAUUUAAACUAAUAAGGCUGUGGAAGUAUGUCAAGCCAUGGAAAUAAAUAGAAACACUUCAAGGAAAAGGAAUGACAAAAUAAAAAGGCUAAAGGCAUAACUUUGGAAAACCUCCAUAUAUUGGAUCAGCAUAAAGAUGAAGAACUAACAGAAAAUACCAAUAGUAGAAAUACUAGUAAGGUUUUUUGGUGCAGAGAAAUUUAUGAUGGAUGUUUUAUACGAGAGGCCUAUUUUUUUAAAGAAUGCUGCAGGGAUCUUAUAUUAGGACUAUUUGACGUUCAUUGAGCGAAUAAAAAUAGAAACCGAACUGUAACCACAGGCUUUAAAAAGUACAAUGAAAAUUAGAAAAGUUAUAUCUUCAUCACAGAGUAAUAUAUACCAGCGCUUCCUGUGAUGAGAUAAAUGUGAACACAUUUCUUCCACACAAAAGUAUAGACAAUAAUUUUAUACCUCUAAUACCCGUGACAUGUCCAGAUCAUGCUUAAAUGUAUUACUAAUUGAUAGCAAUAAUUAAAAUAUUGGGAAGAAACUUCUUCUUUCCAGACAGUAUAAGAGCGCCUCGGCAUUUGAUAAUUUAUGAGUCGGAAUCGACUCAACCGCAACGAGUUUGGUUAUUAGGAAUAAGGAAAAGAAAAUACAUACUGGAUUAAAAGAACUCGAUUAUAGCGGAUUUAAGUGAAUUCAUGCAAUCAUUACCCUUUCGAGCCGCAUGAUGUCGCUGUCUACCAAGACGUCUCUCCAGCCAAGAUCCCAAAAGGCAAUCCCUCUGAUUCUGUCUCUAAAUGCUGAACAAUGGCGGAUGAGGAGGAAUUGGAUUAAAAGACUCUAGACAGUACAAUAGUUCAUUUUAUUUCAAGACAAGAUCUUUUUACGGGAAUAAAACGAGUGCUUGAAAUGGUUUUUUCCUGGCGAGGAGCCCCGGCAUCCCGGCGCUUGCUGCUGUCGCUUCUGCUCCUCGCAGCCUGGGAGGCCGGGAGCGGCCAGGUCCACUACUCCGUCCCCGAGGAGGCCAAACACGGCACCUUCGUGGGCCGCAUCGCGCAGGACCUGGGGCUGGAGCUGGCCGAGCUGGUGCCGCGCCUGUUCCGGGUGGCGUCCAAAGGCCGCGCGGACCUUCUGGAGGUGAAUCUGCAGAACGGCAUUUUGUUCGUGAAUUCUCGGAUCGACCGCGAGGAGCUGUGCGGGCGGAGCGCGGUGUGCAGCAUCCACCUGGAGGUGAUCGUGGACAAGCCGCUGCAGGUUUUCCACGUGGAGGUGGAGGUGAGGGACAUUAACGACAACCCGCCGGUAUUCCCCGUAAAGGAACAAAAGCUUUUUGUUUCAGAAUCCAGAAUGCCAGAUUCGCGGUUUCCGCUAGAGGGCGCAUCGGAUGUGGAUGUUGGGGCUAAUUCCGUUUUAACCUAUAGGCUUAGCUCUAGCGAUUACUUCACACUAGAUGUGAAUUCAAAGAACGAAGAGAAUAAACAGGUUGAGCUCGUGUUAAGGAAAUCCUUGGACAGAGAGGAAACACCCGAACAUAACUUAUUCCUGACAGCCACCGACGGAGGCAAACCUGAGCUCACCGGCACUGUUCAGCUGCUCGUCACCGUGCUGGAUGUGAACGAUAAUGCUCCCAGUUUCGAACAAUCUGAAUACGAAGUGAGAAUAUUCGAAAACUCCCACAAUGGAACAGUAGUUAUCAGACUUAAUGCUUCUGAUCGGGAUGAAGGAGUGAAUAAGGAAAUUUCGUACUCAUUUAAUAGCCUUGUGCCAUCCACGGUUUUUGCCCAGUUUAGCAUAGAUUCAAAUACUGGAGAAAUAACAAUUCAAAAUAAUUUGGAUUUUGAAAAAGUGAAUUCAUAUAAAAUCCGCAUUGAUGCCACGGACAAAGGGCACCCCCCGAUGGUGGGUCAUUGCACAAUUUUAGUAAAACUCUUAGAUAUUAAUGAUAACGCCCCUCAGAUUAUAUUGACUUCAUUGUCCCUCCCGGUUAGGGAGGACGCUCCACUAGGUACCGUUAUCGCCCUGAUCAGCGUGUCCGAUCAAGAUGCUGGUGCAAAUGGGCAGGUGAUCUGCUCCCUAACGCCCCACACCCCCUUCAGGCUGGUGUCCACCUUUAAGAAUUACUACUCGCUAGUGCUGGACAGCACCUUGGAUCGCGAGAGUGUGUCCGCCUACCAGCUGGUGGUGACAGCACAGGACCGGGGCUCGCCUUCCCAGUCCGCCUCAGCCAACGUAUCUGUGGAGGUGGCCGACGUGAACGACAAUGCGCCUGCCUUUGCACAGCCCGAGUACACGGUGUUCGUGAAGGAGAACAACCCUCCGGGCUGCCACAUCUUCACGGUGUCCGCGCGCGACGCGGACUCGCAGGAGAACGCGCUGGUGUCCUACUCGCUGGUGGAGCGGCGGGUGGGCGAGCGCGCCCUAUCGAGCUACGUGUCGGUGCACGCCGAGAGCGGCAAGGUGUACGCGCUGCAGCCCCUGGACCACGAGGAGCUGGAGCUGCUGCAGUUCCAGGUGAGCGCACGCGACGCGGGCUUCCCGCCUCUGGGCAGCAACGUGACUCUGCAGGUGUUCGUGCUGGACGAGAACGACAACGCGCCGGUGCUGCUACCGCCUGGGUCUAGCCGUGCGAUUGGCGCGGUGAGCCAGGUGGUGCCAAGGUCGGUGGGCACCGGCCAGGUGGUGGCGAAGGUGCGCGCGGUGGACGCCGACUCGGGCUACAACGCGUGGCUGUCAUACGAGCUGCAGCCGGCAUCAGGCGGUGAGCGCAGCCCGUUCCGCGUGGGUCUGUACACGGGCGAGGUGAGCACGACACGCGCUCUGGAAGAAGCGGACGCGCCUCGCCAGCGCCUGCUGGUGCUGGUGAGGGACCACGGGGAGCCGCCCCUGGAGGCCACAGCCACCGUGCUGGUGUCGCUGGUGGAUGGCGGCCAGGCGUUGAAGACUUCGUCGCGGGCGUCUGCGGGCUCUGCGGACCGGGAGGCGGCCCUAGUGGAUGUCAACGUGUACCUGAUCAUCGCCAUCUGCGCAGUGUCCAGCCUGUUGGUGCUCACGCUGCUGCUGUACACGGCGCUGUGGUGCUCUGCGCCGCCCACAGAGGGCGCAUGCGGGCCGGGGAAGCCCACGCUGAUGUGCUCCAGCGCGGUGGGGACCUGGUCGUACUCGCAGCAGAGGCGACAAAGGGUGUGCUCUGGAGAGGGGCCGCCGAAGACCGACCUCAUGGCCUUCAGCCCCAGCCUCCCACCGUGUCCGGGAUCAGAGGAUGUAAGCGAACAGCAGGAUUUAAACCUUAACGUUAAAGGACAGAAUAGUAAUUUCUUUCUUUUCAAAAAUUGCUGAUGCUUUUCUAAUGUUAUGUCAUUCAUGAUGUUUUACUAUUUUAAGAUGUUUUUACUGCCCGAUAAAUUUUUAUAGUCAUGUCAACAAUUUAAAAUAUUUUUUGAGGAUCUAUGUAUAGUAAAUAAUUGUUUUUAGUCUGAUAAACACUUGCUAAACUCUAUUAGUGUUGAGUCAGUUACGAUCAAUCCUUUGUUGUUAAGUUGGAAAAUUAUUGAAAAAUAUUUAACAGUUAGUUUGUAUUUUAUAUGACUGAAAAAAUAACCAUUGUGAUCAGAAAAUAUGUAUAUGGAAUAAUUCCACCCUUGCUGACGAAAACUUAUAAACCUUUAUUACACAGAAUAUUCAAGAUGAUCAAAAAAAAAAAAAACCCGUUGCUGUCCAGUCAAUUCCCACUCAUUAACUCAAGAAAAAAGAUUUAGUAUUGUAGAGU